AUAACCUUUUAGUUGUUAGGUUUUCUGCACAUAUGAAUUGUGCACUAGUUUUUUCUGACUAUAUAAACUGUUCCUGACCUGACCUGACCAAACCAUAGCCUUCAAGAAACAGCACGUAUAAUACUACCCAAACUUCAAUCGAAUCUCAAGGUGGAGAUUUCCCAGACACCAUGAAAGAGCAACUGAAAGCAAGCAGGAUUAAGAUCUUGGCUGCCUUGCUGGUCUUUGCCAUGGUUACUCAAGGCUUGGCGAUUCGGGUCAAGGGGGCGGUGAGGAAUGACAUCACCGACGAGGCUGUCAGCGCAAAAACCACCCUCGGUGCAGGCAGCAGCACAACCGUUGACAACCACCAUGCAAUCCCACGGGACCAGUAUAGUAGCCAUGGAGGAGAGGACGGAUCUGGUGGCAGUGGUGGUGAUACUACAAAGAACUAGUGCCAUUCUCUGAGACUGUUCUGUUCGCCCAAGAUAUAUAUUCUGAUCUCUAAUGUUAUAUUGUAUAGAUGCCAGCAGCGCUAAUAUUGUUACUAUUCAUGCCUACAUGAAAAUAAGCUGCUCAAGGGAAGAGUAAUGUCGAAGAUAAUAUGCUUGUUAUUUACAUCCUCACAGAAGGAAAAAGCUAUGUUUUGUUGGAAAAAUAAAGAAGAAGCUAUAUAUGUAAUAGAUGUGAUAUUCUCGCGCA